AUGCGUGGUUGCUCUUUCGCGGAGGACACCGACAUCUUGUUCGAUCGGAACUACCCGCCGCCUCUGAUUUCACUGGAGUUGGAUCUCAAGAACGCCUUUCAGUGCUGUGUACUGCACGAGUUGAUCUGGCUAGCGCAAGCGAAGCCGGGCUCGAAGUUCGUCGAGGUCUACCGCCACUCGGGAGGCGGGAGGGGCCGCAUUCCGGUGGCGUUGCAGGUUGUGGAAGAGGCAAAAGGCAUAAAGAGGGCCAGCGUGGUUGAUACUGCUACUGGGAAGCCCUGGAUCCCACCGGAUUCCGGCUGGCUCAGCGUCAAGUUUAAGGUUUCCAGAGAGCUACCCAGCAUCAAGGACGUGCUUAACCCUGAGGCUGCGUGGACGGCGAUGAUGCUCAUCAUGGGCCAAGAAUCUGACUCGGACCGCAUGAACAUCCUGAGGCUGGUGCUGAGAGACACGUACGUUACGACGGAGUCGGGGCAGAAGCUCAUUGACCAGCUCUCGCACAUGGGCAUCUACCCGAGAGACGUCGUGGAGAUGGUCUGGACUCGUGUGGUUGACGCGAACAACCUGUACGAGUUCCUCUCCCACAACGUGGAGCACUCUGCCCGCAGAGACGUGGUCAACAUCCUCACCCACGAGAGGUUCAAGUUCAACUGGGACAACCCCACGGGGCACUACCGCCUUGAGAUGCAGAAAAAGUCGCACCGGGAGAUCAUGAUGCUGCUUUCGAUGGUGCACUCUCGGGAGAUCCUUCAGGGCAAGAAGGAGGGGAGGGGGGACACCUCCCAGGGCCAAAACUGGUCCAACUUUCGAAACGCCAGGAUGGACAAGGAGCCGGUUGAGCUGGUGGAGACGUCGGUGGCUAACCUUCCAGUGUCAGGGGUGCUGGAGUUCGAUUACGUGUCGACCGCAAAGGUCCCCCCAGAUUGCGCCCACGCCACCGAUUCCCAGGUGCAAGCCUUGCAGGAGUCGCUCCACCUACUCCCCAGGCGCACCUUCGGAGAGAAGACCAACUACAUGCUUGCCGUGCUGCAGCUCCAGCAGGCUGCCGCGCGCUACUACUUCUCGACACCCCAGGCCACCGCUGUCACAGCCCUCUUCGGCAGAACGUGGGACCUUGAGAACUUUGACGCCGUCUUCGCCACCCUCCCCGCAGGGGCGGAAAAGCAGGCCGCCUCGAGGCUCGGAUACCUCAACGUGCUGAACCCGCUAAAGAUCGCUCGACACUACGAGCUAAACAUGAUGUUCCCGGACGAACGGAGGCUCAUCAAGCUCCUCUUGGACACCUCUCCUCUGGAGAAGGGAGACAACCUUCUGGAAGACCACACCUCGGACCUGCAGAUCAUCGACCUCUACGCAGGGCUCGGGAGACUUGCGGACGAAAGCAGACCUCUUGUGGUACGGCUAUGGUACUGCGACAUCGGGAUUAAGGGCAACGUGCCGAAUUGGGCCGUGCGAGAGAAACUUCUAGACAAAUUCCUUGUGGGCGGCAAGCCCGUCCCCGAUAGGGUUCUCGAAAUCGGGCGCAUGUACAAGCGCAUGGCAGACGCGGGAUACCUCGCCAAGGAGCCUGGGCUGGGCUCCGCAGACAUUGCGAAGGCGCACGAGAGAUUCCUCAAGCACCUCCAAGAGGCCAAGCGAACUCCUGCUGCCGCUCAGGCUGGUCGAGGCACCCGCCGGUCAGUGUCGGUGAACAGGGCGUAG